UCAGUUCUAAACUGUUCUUCUAAGACUGUACGCAGGCUAGUCAGUUGCAUAAUUUGCGCCAUUCAGAGUUCCCCAGAGUCUUCAAGAGCGCGCGACCGGUGUAUGGGGAAACUAAGUCGUACCUUUGCGAAUGCCACGCCCCCUUCCUGCCUACUUUAAAAAAAAAAUCAAAAUAAUGAAAAUAUUCUUCGACACGCUUCUGUUGUUUUGAAAAAUUUCUGCUUCGAAGCGACCAAAGCUGCUGCUUCAAAUCCUUCGAUCAUGCAUCAACAAGGGCCUGUUCCAACCAAAAAAGCUAAGAUGGACGGAGACCAAGUAAGCUUUGUUUUACUGUUUUUAAAAUGAAAGAAAGUAAGCGAUAUUUUGUGUAAUAGAAUGUUGUUCAUUUUGUUCCAGAAUGGAGGUUAUGCUUAUGUGCCAAGCGAGAAAAUAGUAAAUCCGAAAACGUCUUUAGUUUUUGCCCUCAAAGAAGAAGUAGGAACACUUCACGAGGCUUUGAAAGUUUUUAAGGUUGGUAGUUUUUAGUUUGGAAUGUGCUGUGCUUACAAACGUUAGAUUAGCUUAGCUUAGCUUUAUAAACAUUGUUUCUGUACUUUACUAUGUACGAAUACAAAUUGUGUUUUAAUUGUGUAAAUAUUGGUUUAUUUGUGCAAGCGAGACCAAAUUUAAUUUCGAUCUGUAAGCGUUGAGAUCUGUUAUUUUCACUGAUUAAAAUCCAGGUUUGAAAGCUUUGCGAAAUAAUCAAACUUGGUGUUUACAGUAACGGAGGGAAUUUUAUUAUAUACAGACCACAUACUGAUGUGAGAUUCCUGUUUUAUAAAAUCUGUUAAAAUGACGUGUUAUUCGUCGUACGUGGGCUGGUUGUUCAAAAACCAGUUAGCUUAACCCUGGGUUAACGUGAAAUUCAAAGCAUAAUUCCCAUCAGCUUGUUUACAAACUUGCAAUGUUUUUCAGAAAUCUUGUCUGUAUCAUCACAGGUUUAAUUUUUUAAAGUUUUGAAAUAAACAGACAUAUAGAUGUACAAACCAAAGCAAUGGGUUUAAAUUUAACCCACGGUUAGCGCUAAUUGUGCUUUGAACAACCGUUCCCCUGUUUGAACCAUAUUAAGGCGACUGAUCCAGACUAAUUCUUAUUGUUCAACAUGACUUGAUAACAGUAAUUACAAGCAAAUGUCAACCCUGGAGGCAUUAUUACAGAAAGCCUAAUUUUGAUAUUGUAAUAUUGUGAUAUUGUUCUGAGAAAUUGCAUUUAUUUCCUGCAUAGGAGGGGGGCUGUGGACAUCCUUUAUGAAUAGACUGUUUCCCCAGAUUUCAACUGGUUUAUAAAACCUCCAGAACGCGAUAGUGACUUCGUCCCCACUUAUUAAAACAAGAAAUUUCAUUUCUUAACAAGAUAUUUAUCAAUUGUUGAUGAAGAUUAUUAAUAGAUGAUUGUUGAUCAAGAUUAUUGAUUGUUCAAGAAUAUUGAUUGAUGAUCAUACUGUAAUUAUCGAUUUAUUACCACCAGCAGUGAAUACAUCUCUCAAUUUUAUUCAGUUAUUUUCCUCUAAAAAUGACACUACUACAGUACAUAUUAUGAAAAAAAUGAACAUCAUCUGUUGUACCAUUGCUAUUUAGUAAAAUGUAAAAUUUGGAAAAUAUUUCAGGACAACGGCAUAAACUUGACCCACAUUGAAUCGCGACCUGCGGAUAGUCAAUCAUCACAUUUUGAGUUUUUUGUUGAUUGCACUGGCACAAAAGACAAACUUGAUCCAGUGCUGAAAAAACUUGAAGAAAAAGCUGAGAAAAUCAAGGUUUUUGCUGGCGAAAAUGAAGAGGGUAAGCUAAUAAGCUCCCCUUUCUAA